CUCGGUCGGAUGCAUGUAAUAGACGGGCGAGAUUAACUCCUUCCCGUCAAUAGCUUACAUUUUGCUUUAGCCAAGAGAAAGAGAGAACAUUUUGUGAUAGCGCCAUAGCCAGCCGGCCCCCCCCCCGACUACGAGAGCAUAGAGAGCAAGGGAUCUAGAGCAUAGCUUAGGGCAGUGAUAAUCUCCAUCACGGCGGCUCCUUGGAGGGGUGUUGUGUGAGCGGCAGAUCGAUCGCGCAAAAGCUGCGGGAGGGUUGGGCUCCAAUCCGGCCUCCUCGAUGCAUCUCGGGGGAUUCCAGCGGCCAGGAGAUUCUGUGCCAGGAGCCAGGAGCAUCGAUUUCAAGCAGGGCUGAGUGGAUUUCCUUCUCCCCGAGCACGGAAGCUAGACCGUCUUGACGGAUUCCCAGGUGUUAAACGAAGGAAUAGAGUUUUUUAGAGUAGAACAGGAAAUAAACAGGAAGAACAGGGAAGAACAGGGAAGAGACACAAGGGGGAGGGGGAAUGGAGGGGCUGGGCGAUGGGUAUGAGGCAUUUGUAGAGCGGCUCCAGUCGGAUUUCGCCAAGAACUCUGCGAAUGGGAAUUCUGGGUCAUCACUGCCGUCUCACUCGCGCUAUGUGGGCUACCCAUCUUCAAACAAUCCUGCCUUCUCGGUCAAGCAGGAGACCUCGCCGGCGCUCUCGGACUCCUCGCUCGUGUCCGUGUCCAAAGACGUAACCAUGCACGACGCUGUGACUUCUCCCGGCAACUCGAGCGUGAGUGGUCCUCUUAAAGCUCCAAGCCCGGGUCACAGCUUCAGCACGGAUGUGAACCGUAUGCCGGACGCUCCACCUCGGCCUCGCGGCCAUCGCCGGGCUCAGUCGGAGAUCACGUUUUGUCUGCCCGACGAUGCGUCCUUCGAGCGAGAGCUUGGACUCCAGAGCCCGGCAAUGCCUGCGCUCUCGGACGAGGCCGGGGAGGAUCUCUUCAACAUGUACAUCGACAUGGAGAAGAUCAACUCCUUCAACGUCGCGUCCGCAACUCCCACUAAGUCGGAUGGGUCCAGCCACCAACACCACCAUUCUCGGAGCCUGUCCACGGAUGGAGUGCUUGCUUCUUUCAAUGCCGGAGGGCCGGCUGGCAGCAACUCCAACUCGGAGCCGCGUCGUCCAAGACACCAUCACAGCAACUCGAUGGAUUCUUUCAAAAGUGACUUUUUAAACUCGGAGUCGGACAGCACCGAGGCGAAGAAGGCUCUUGCGGCCAGCAAGCUUGCCGAGCUUGCUCUUAUUGAUCCAAAACGAGCCAAAAGAAUACUUGCAAACCGGCAGUCAGCUGCUCGCUCGAAGGAGCGCAAGAUGCGUUACAUCUCCGAGCUGGAGCGUAAAGUACAAACGCUCCAGACAGAAGCCACAACACUAUCGGCUCAGUUGACGAUGCUUCAGCGGGAUACAACGGGGCUGACCACAGAGAACAACGAACUGAAACUUCGGCUAACCGCCAUGGAGCAACAAGGACAGCUCCGAGACGCUUUAAACGAUGCACUCAAGGAGGAAGUCCAAAGGCUGAAGUUGGCCACUGGCCAACUUACAGGCCCUGGGGGCCAGCAGCAGCAGCUGUCGAUCAACGCGCAGUACUUCCAGAUGCAGCAGCUCCAGCAGCUCCAGCAGCAGGCACAGAACGCGAUCGACAGCCAACAGCAGCAGCAAUCGCAGCGGUCGCCACCGUCUCAGCCGCAGCAGCAGCAGCAGCCAGGAGCUCAUCCCGAGUUCAUCCCGCGGGGCAACUACAUGGGAGCCUUCGUCAAGUCGGAGGGCUCUCCAAUCGCCGUAAGUCAGCCAAGUAAUCCAUCCUUUUGAUCCAAAGAAGCCGCGAGCUCCAGGCCAGGAACUUUUAUCUAUAGCCAUCACCCAACACCACGAAGAACAAACAUAUGUUAUACCAGAGGUCUGGAGCUUCGAUUUCUUUGAUCAGGGGAGACACUUCUUACUAUCGCAGCUUAGCUUGUAGCGAGAUAGAACGUGACCGAAAGAAAAAAGAACAAAAAAUUCUAUUCUUUGAGCUUUGUUUU